AUGACACGCCCACCAACGCCUACCAACCAGGAGGGGCCCGACAAGGGCCCUCCAGCUCUUCCCGAAGGCUGGCUAGCACAAUGGGAAGGUCAAUCGCGAAAAUACUACUACGUGCAGCGAGCAACAGGCCACUCACAAUGGGACGUGCCAACCCAGCCAGCGCUUUCUGUUCCCACGCCUGACCCUACGCCUCAGCAGUACACAGAUCCUUUCCAACAGCCGCCCGCGGUGAAAGUGGAUGGAACAGCAGAGGAUGAGGAAAAAGAUCGGAGUCUAUUAGGGGAUCUUGCGAUGAACGCAAUCACCGGAGGAAAACAUAAGCCCCAGAACCAAUCGCCUCUCGUUGGACUUGCGGGCUCUCUGCUAGGGGGGCAGCAUGCUGGUCAGAGCUCAAAUUCCAGUGGUGGCUCUGGCGGCAUUGGUGGUCUUGCGGGACAGCUGGUGGGUAGCUUUUUUGAUGGUGGUGGAAAGCCGCAGCAGCAACAACAACCACAACAGCAGCCGCCCGCUCAGCAAUCCGGUGGUGGUUUCAUGAGCUUCCUUGGAGGUCACCAUGGCUCUUCGAGUCAGAACAACAGCUACGGGUACUCCUCUGGUGGGCAAAGCUCAAGCAGCGGUGGUUAUUCAGCCCAAGCUCCACCAGCAUCAUACCAGGCGCCCGGCCAGCACGGAUCUUCGGGUGUACAGCACCAGCAGCAGCAGCAACAAGCACAGCAUGCAGGCUUGAACAGCAGUGGUGGCUACUCAUCCCAAGCUCCACCAGCGUCAUACCAAUCCUCAGGACAACAAGGAUCUGCUAAUGUACUGCCCAUGGAAACGAUACAGUCGAUGCAGCUUGCUCAAGGCCACAUUGGCUCUUCACAAUACGGUCAGGGCAACCAAUACGGCCCAGGCGCACCGCUGUAUGGACAGCAGACGCAAGCUUCGCAGAAUGCGUACGGCCAACCACAGACCCAGUCCUUUCCAGGUCCUUCAAGCGAACAUCAUGGUCGUCAUCACGGUCACCACGCCAAUCAUAAGCCGCCACACGAUAGCUACGGCCCACAAGACGCAUCAUCCUCCAGUCCAGCUGCUGGGCAAUAUAAUUCGCCAAGCAAUUAUGGUCAACCAAACCAGUCCUUCUCAGGUCCUCCUUCCAGUUCCUAUGCUAGCUCUCACGCGUCCACACCCGCCUAUAGCCAGCAAACCCAACCCUACCCUCCUUCGCAGCACACCCCACAAACUUCGAACUACGGCCAGCAGAACUCUCCAUACCAACCACAAGGCAAACCUCCAACCUAUAAUCAAUACGCGCCGCAACCCGCGCAGUCAAAUUCUUACGGCACCCCUACACAAAACAGCUAUCCUCCACCUCCUCAGAACACCCCAGCCUAUCCAUCCCAACAACAAAGCACCUACAACCCCUACGCACCCGCACCACCAAUGGGCUCCCACCCAAGCCAGCAGGGUCUAACACCUAGCCAGUAUCCUCCUCGCCCGUCGUCGUCUGGCUCAGGCUACCCCGGCCAGAACCCCUACCCACCACAACCUCCCUCGAAAGACGAUUAUCCCGCUCAGGGACAAGGCUACCCAGGUGCACAUGGCGGUGGUGGUGGCCACGCCUACGGACAGGGCUAUCAUGAUCCUUCGCAUGGAGGGUAUCUACAGGGCGCUUCGCCGUUUGGGCAAGGACAAGGGCGGCCGCCGACAGGGCAAGGGCAAUCACAGCAGCAGCAGCAGCAGCAGCCCAUCAGGCGGCGCGCAACAUGUACCCUGGAGGCUUGA